AUGCCCCAAUCACAACCUCAACACCAAUACUCAGAAAAGCCCGAAAAGGCUCCCUAUCCAGACUCAACAACACCACCAGAAUCGACAUUCUUUGAGUCCUCAACGGGAACCGUCGAGCCAGAGCCAGAAUUGGAUCCCAAAGCCGAAGCUCGUGCUGUUCGAAAAGCAGACAGCACAGUCCUCCCCCUCCUCUUCCUCGGCCUGCUAGUCUUCCAGCUGGACCGUAUGAAUAUCGCCUCAGCCCUAACCAACGGCUUCCACACUUCCAUCGGGGUAUCAACCAACACCAUCAACCUAGGAAACCAACUAAUGUUCAUCGGCAUCGUGUUGCUCGAAAUACCGUCCAACAUGUUACUCCAGCGCAUCGGACCGCGGAAAUGGAUUUCCGCCCAAGUAUUUCUUUUCGGUCUGGUAGCGAGCUUGCAACCGCUGAUUAGAGAUAAGAAAGGGUUUUUGUGGAAGGUCUCUUCACAAUCUCCGUCUCCAUAA